CGGCCCUGGGAGCAAGCUUCCCUCCCUCCGUCUCCCAUUCUCCUCCUCCUGCAUCCCUGUCACGUGGCCUCCACUGUGUCCCUCCAGCGCGUCAUGACGAGCCUCAAACACAGGUACUAAUAUGUCUGAGCAGUGAGCAUGGCGGCAAACCAUCUGGAGUACCGCUACCUUGAGGGCGAGCCUAUGGGUGAGCAUUUCAACGAGGACCCGGAGCUCCUGGCCAUCAAGGCCAGGGUUCAGGAGCUGGAAAUGGAAGAAGAGACUGAAAAACUGAAGGAGGAAGAGGAGAGAUGCGAUGCAGAGGAGAUGCAGCUCCUGACCAGCAGUCCCCGGCCUGGUCCGUUCUACAGUAUGACUCCUGAAGAGAGGAUAGAUGCAGACAACCGAUCAAUCUACGUUGGAAAUGUAGAUUAUGGCGCUACUGCAGAUGAGCUGGAGAUCCAUUUCAAUGGCUGUGGACCUGUAAACAGAGUUACCAUUCUGUGUGACAGAUUCUCGGGCCAUCCCAAAGGCUUUGCUUACAUCGAGUUCUCUGAUCGAGAUUCUGUGCAGAGUGCCAUUGGUUUGCAUGAGACUGUGUUCAGAGGACGGGUUCUUAAGGUAUUGCCCAAGAGAACCAACAUGCCUGGUAUCAGCACCACGGACAGGGGUGGACACAGAGGAGGUCACACGAGAGGCAGAGGCCGUGGCUACCGUCCCCCCAGGUACCAGAACAGUUCCCGAGGCAGAUUCCGGUACCAGUCUUCAAGACCAGUCUAA